CUCACUGUUUUAUAAGCUCGCGCCAAAACGUCCCAUAUGGUCUAGUGUUGAUGGGUUUGGUGGAUCUUGGGAAAUCUCCUAAUAUAUUCGGGUCCGAUAUUCUAACCGAAGUACUAGCGCACCUAUUUUAUCGCCAUAUUGUUCAACUAAAACUCUGAUUUUAUUUAAUAAAAAAAUUGUUUACAAAAUUAAUUUGUGUCUGCAAAUAUGUUUUUGGUUGUUGGUUGGUCAUUAGGAAAAUAUGAUAUAUUUUCAAAAAAAAAUUUUUUUUUCUUUUUUUUGUUUUUGAAAUAAAUUUGUUAUUUUUCAGAAAAAUAUUGUUUUGUUGAAUUAAAAAAUUUUUUUUUUAUAUUUUUUCAGGUUUUUCAGCUUAAAAUUUUAACAAUAACAACAAUUCAAAUAAAAUGAUUCGUUUAACAGAAUUAUUUUUAUUUAUUGGACUUUUGACACAUAUAUUACUUACAUUAUUUACAAAAGUUGAAGAAAGUUUUAAUACUCAAGCAAUUCAUGACUUUAUUUAUCAUCGUAAUAAUUGGACUAAAUAUGACCAUAGAGAAUUUCCUGGAGUUGUUGCUCGGUAUAUUUUUUUUAUUUUUUUUCUAGUGGGUUAUAAGAGGAGAUUUCUCCACUUGAACCUCAUUGUCAGAUACCCUUUAUAUUAGGCUUACCUUAAUUAGAAAAUUUUUACUUUUUGUCUGGUCACUAGUAAAGGGAAGGUCCUGGGAUGAACUGAAACAGAGGAUUGAAGUGAAGAAAUGAAAGUAAGGCCUGAACGGAAGGACUGAAGAGAAAGGAGGGGAAAAUGGAUGGAAGAAAAAAAGACGGAAGAACAGGAAAAAUAUAACAUUGAAAAGGGUCUUCACUAUAAGAUAACCCUCAUACUUUAAGAUUUUUAAGCCCCACGAGGGAUAUUCUAACAGGUUUUU